AGAGGCUACGUAGGCAUGCCGCUCAGAUACUCCUCCUGUCACGUCGUCGAUUUCCUGUGGGAACUGGAGUUCAUAAUUAACGAUAUUGCGGCUUCUGUAGCUGACAAAGAGGAGGAACGGCGGACACAAGGCUGUCCAGCUGACCAGCUGGCAGAAAAACCUCAAACGAACGAAAGGCCCACAUUCUACUCAGCACCACUUCAAUACGCUGGGGAAAACAGCAGCCUAGUUCGUGCGUUCAGAUCCCAGGAACCCCCCAAAAUAGAAGGAAUAACAGGAGAAAAAUCUAGGGCGACGGAGGAAUUCCAGUCUUCAGUGCCACCAACAGGGUCGCUCGAAGUGGUGCCAUCAGAGCUAGAAUGCACCCAUGUUUCAUCAGAAACUGUAAUGGACACCGAAAAGAAAUUUAGCGAGGAUAGUUCACAUUCCCAGGACUCUGUUUCAGAAAACAUUAACUAUGUAAAAAAGUUAGGAGUUAAUAUGAAAUCCACAGGAAGCCCAGAACUCAUGUUGGAUGCUUGCUUCGUCAGUAAACGGGACAAAGCCACGUCUUCUCAAGAAGAAUCCUUAUUCUCAAACCAAAAUGACGUUUACCCGGGGAUUGAUGAUUGUGAACCAUCAAUCACUUCCGAUUUUGACACUUUGACCUCUUUACUUGAAGAAAUGUAUUCUCAGAUUACAUUUGUCGUUGAAUCACUUUCUGAGGAACCAUAUUCCGACGAACCACGUUUCGACGGAUCGUGUUCCGAUAAACGAUAUUCUGAUGAACCAUGUUCCGAAGAACGAUUUUCCGAUGAACCAUGUUCCGAUGAACCAUGUUCUUUAAGUGACCGCCUUGAUGGCAAAGCUCUUCAUACAUUAUCUUUCGAGAGACUUGUGUCAAGAGGGAAUAGUUCCCUGCGAAAUACAAUGGAGCAAAACACAAAUUAUAGAAUCACUGGAAAACAACAUUAUAAAAUGGCCCCGAUGGGUGACGUUAAAGACGUAACGAAUAUAUUAACUGAGAAGUAUGUUGCGAGCGAUACAGAAGACAAACUUUGUAAAGGCAAAGGAGAUACAUGUACUGCCAUAGCCGGGGUAAAAGAAGCGGGUUUGGUGUUGAGCCUGAAUGAAAAUCAUCCGCUUCAACCUGGACAAGACAGUCUGUGGAAACAAGCUAAAGGGUUUUUCUGGACCUUAAAACCCCCUGUAGCUGACACAGGGAAGAUGACAGGCCAGCACAGGGCGGCCGGUACGAUCGAGGAACUUGAAGAAACAGGGGAACAGCCGAGAAACACAUCAACAAAGACGGACGCGGGGAUCGUGUCCGAUGUGGACGAUUUGGUGGAAAGCGUUUCAGACUAUUAUAGCAACCCCACUGAGGUGAACCGCAGCCGGUGGAAGAAGUUCAAAUCCGAGCUCAAGUCUCCAGACAGCCAGGAAGACAGCAAUGACGAGGACGUACGUUCUGUGGUGCCCAGGACACCGGAUUACCGACCAUACUUCACCACUGCACUCGUCAUUGUACAGUUGAUCACCCUCUCCCUGCUAUGGUACCGCUACGGGCUGGCUCCCCUUGGCGUGAACACCCGCAGAGCGGUCAACUCGGACAUCCCUACAUUCCUGGGAACGGAGACGUUUGUCUUUCUGCAGGAGCCCAACCCUUGGGUGGGACCGCCAGUACAGGCCUUUCUAGAUGCAGGGGCUGCAUUAUCGACGUGCAUCAGACCGAGCGAGUUUCUGGAAGAGCUUGCAGCCUCAAAUGUGUACAGCCAGCUAGAUCUAGCUGUCCCUGGAGACAGAUUCGGCUGCUGCGAGAUGGGGAGCUAUUUCAACACUGCUGGAACUACAGCUGAGGAUGAGUGCAGGAAGAUGACCAUGGGUCUGGGCAACUGGGUGAGCGGCACGAUAUGUAGCAAGCGUCGCUCGGGCAGGAACAGUGUGGCCCACGUCAUCAAACCUUGCUGUGCUGGUUUGACCGGUGCAUGCGUGAUGGUGUCACAUGAACACUGCCUGUUUGUACACGGCCACUUCUUCGUGGACAUGGACCACUGUGUUCAGGUCAAUUGUCUAGGCAAACUGUGUUCUGCCGGAGGCUCUGUUUCUAACACACCAACAGACCCGGGCAAACCAUGGCUGAAAACGAGAUCGUCCGACGGCUGGCAGUGGUGGCGUCUGUUUUCUUCCAUCCCUCACACUCACGGCGUCCUUCACCUUCUGGCUCUGCUGGUAGUGGAGCUACUGUUGCUUCUGCCUUUGGAGAUCACAGCCGGCUGGCAUCGCGUGCUGGUGGUUUUUGUGCUCAGCAGUGUAGCAGGACAGAUGAUGGGCUGCGCCGUAGAGUCGUUCCAGCCUCAAGAGGGCGGGACUCCGGGCAUUAUGGGAGUGGUGGGCGUUGCCGUAUUGGAGCUGGCAGAAGCAUGGCGGUUCAUCAAGAAGCCCCUGUGGGAGGCAGCCAAGUUGCUGGCGCUCAUUUGUCUUUUCAUGGGCAUGGGGACGCUACACUUGAUCAGCCUAGCUUCUUCCUUCACGGGUCUGGUCGUCGGUAUGAUCGCGUGUGUUCAGGUCAUGCCUUACAUCACCCUGGGCUUUCACUUGGGCAAAAGAAGACUCCCGCUGGUUAUCCUCUCCACCGUUCUUCAGGCGAUCGUCUUCACCGCUCUGUACUUUACUCUUCGUUCCCUCCAGAACUUCCAGCAGUGUAGCCAGUGUUUCACACCGGAGUGUAUCCGCUACACGCCCUUGAUGUGUAGGACGUACUACGUGACGCCGUGGGGUAUCAGUUACUGACAUGUGCUGCCAGACUCACAGACAUUCUUAGCUUCUGGAGAGAACGUAGUUGCUGGGCCUACUGAAUCUUAAGGUGUAAUAAUCGUCAUAUUUUGUUAUAGGCCUCUUCUCAAACCAAACAAUACAAAACAUAAUUUAACUCGACAUUUCAAAUUUGAAGACCGAACCACCCGCCUUUGUCAUCACCAGGAGAGAGAG